CUGGUUUCCGGAAAGAAGAUACAAAGUAUCCGAGCUUUAGAAUUCCUCAGCUCGGAGAGGCUGCGAGUAACUUUGUGUGAAAGAGCCGCGCUCCGAGAAACUCUUAGAGGCAGGAAGUCUUACAACCAAAUAUUCACCGUCGCCAAGUGGCCAAGGAUCCAUUAAUCAGGUCCCCGCCUUUAUCCAGAAUCCGGAGCGACUCCAACCGCUUAGUUCCCAACAAAUAUUGAUGGAGACGUACCCUGAGCACAAAGUGAGUGCGGAAUGGUGAGCAGGCGACACUUGAGGCAAUAUGAAUAUUAAAGAUGGCUGUGCUGCAGAUAAUCGAGAAGGCAAGAUCUAUACCCUUCAGAUUUGCCCGAGCCUCUGUACUGAGAACUCCGUGUGCUGUCAACUACCAGCUACCAAAGAUGUGACGGCUGGUGAAGUGAUCCGAGAGGUGACUGGAAAACUUAACCUUGACCCCUCAAAAUGUUACGUGUUGGCAGAGGUGAAGGAGUCUGGAGGGGAAGAGUGGAUCCUUGAUGCCAAUGACCUGCCAGUCCAGCGGGUGCUGCUGUGGCCCCGGAGGGCACAGGAGAGCCACUCGCAGAGUGAGGGCUAUUACUUUCUCCUUCAGGAGAGGAACAGUGAUGGCACCAUUCGUUACAUCAACCUGCAACUUGUGGCCAAGGAGCGGGAGAAACGCAGGCUGGUGGAACGAGGUUUCCUGCCCCCUCAGCCACACCUGUACGAUGACCUGUGCAAACUGCCCCAUCUGACAGAAGAGAGCAUCUUACAAACAUUCAAAACCAGGUUCCUGAAGCACAAAAUCUACACGUAUGCAGGCAGCAUCCUGAUCGCCAUCAACCCCUUCAGGUUCCUGCCCAUUUACAAUCCCAAGUACAUGAAGAUAUACGAGAACCACCAGCUGGGGAAACUGGAACCUCACAUCUUUGCCAUUGCAGAUGUUGCUUAUCACACCAUGUUGAGGAAGCAGGUUAACCAGUGCAUCGUGAUCUCAGGUGAGAGCGGUUCUGGUAAGACUCAAAGCACCAAUUUCCUCAUCCACUGCCUGACUGCCCUGAGCCAGAAAGGCUAUGCCAGUGGGGUUGAAAGAACCAUUCUGGGCGCUGGACCGGUACUAGAGGCCUUCGGAAACGCAAAAACUGCUCACAACAACAAUUCAAGUCGAUUUGGCAAAUUCAUUCAGGUCAAUUACUUAGAAAAUGGACUCGUUAGAGGGGCUGUUGUGGAGAAAUAUCUCUUGGAAAAAUCCCGCCUGGUGUCUCAGGCAGCUGAUGAGAGGAACUAUCAUGUCUUUUACUACUUGCUGAUGGGGGCGAGUGAGUCAGAAAGACGAGAUUUCCAGUUGAAGCAGCCUGAAGACUAUUACUACCUCAAUCAGAAACAGAACUUCUAUCUGGACGAUGGCGAGGAUCUUAAGCACGACUUUGAACGCCUGAAACAGGCCAUGGAGAUGGUGGGCUUCCUGCACAUGACCAAAAAUCAGAUAUUUUUUGUGCUCUCCGCGAUCCUCUAUCUCGGGAAUGUUGACUAUAAGAAGAAAUCCACUGGCAGAGAGGAGAGUUUGGAGGUUGGACCCCCUGAAGUCCUGGACACUCUGUCAGAGCUGCUGAAGGUGAAGCGGGACAUGUUGGUUGAGGCUUUGACAAAGAGGAAGACGGUGACGGUUGGGGAGAAGCUGAUUUUGCCCUACAGCCACAAUGAGGCUGUAACUACUCGAGACUCCAUGGCUAAGUCUCUCUACACUGCACUUUUUGACUGGAUUGUUCUUCGGAUUAAUCACGCUCUCCUGAACAAAAAGGAUAUGGAGGAGUCAGUAAUGUGUUUGUCAAUCGGAGUUCUGGAUAUUUUUGGUUUCGAGGAUUUUCCGAACAACAGCUUUGAGCAGUUUUGCAUAAAUUAUGCUAACGAGCAGCUGCAGUAUUACUUCAACCAGCACAUCUUCAAACUGGAGCAGGAGGAAUAUCAGAGUGAGGGUAUAACCUGGCACAACAUUGAUUACACCGACAAUGUGGGCUGCAUCCAUUUGAUCAGCAAGAAGCCAACUGGACUUUUUCACCUCCUGGAUGAGGAGAGCAAUUUCCCCCACGCCACCAAUCAGACCCUUCUGGCCAAGUUGAAGCAGCAGCACGAGGAUAAUCGAUUUUUUGUGGGAACCCCGGUGAUGGAGCCGGCCUUCGUCAUCCAACACUUCGCUGGCAGAGUCAAAUACCAGAUCAAGGAUUUCCGGGAGAAGAACACUGAUUACAUGCGUCCUGACAUCGUGGCGCUUCUGCGAAGUAGCGACAGUGCGUUUAUCCGGGAAUUGAUUGGGAUGGACCCUGUGUCCGUGUUUCGCUGGUCGACCCUUCGGGCUGCGAUACGAGCUGUGGCAGCGUUCAAACAAGCUGGGCAGCAAUGGGCACAGAAAACUGCAGCAGGAAUGAAUCGCCGUGGGUCCCGUGUGCCUCUUGGAGAGCUGCAACGAUCAAACACUCAAAUAGAAAAACCCUUUCGCCUGCCCUCGUCUCCCUGUCUGUUUUACAGCCGUUCUGUGCUCGAUUUUUCUUUUGAAACCACUUGUGAAGAUUUCCAUUUUGAGCCAUUUGAAGACAUCUUUGCUCAUUACAACAGCAAGAAUGUGUUGCAUGCCCAGUUGAUGAGGAGUAUUCGGGGAUGGGCUGAGUACAGUGAUGACCCCCACACCCGCCUCAAACCAUUGAGAGGCCUCGAGAGAUCCCAUGGCCACUUCCUGAAAAAUAAAAGUUCGAAACAAAAGCUGAUCAUUCCCAAGAAGCUCAUCGACUCAAGUUCUUUAAGGCACAUUGUCCGAAUGACCCUUCACGAUCGCACCACUAAGUCCUUGCUGCACCUACACAAGAAGAAGAAACCCCCCAGCAUCAGCGCUCAAUUCCAGGCCUCUCUGAAUAAACUGAUGGAGACCCUGGGUAAAGCUGAGCCUUUCUUCAUUCGAUGUAUCCGGUCAAAUUCUCAGAAGUUGGAGCUGUGUUUUGAUGAUGAGCUGGUGCUGCAGCAGCUGAAGUACACGGGAAUGCUCGAGACAGUUCGCAUCCGCCGCUCUGGGUACAGCGCCAAAUACACCUUCCAGGAAUUCAUGGAUCAGUUCCGAGUUUUGCUACCUAAGAAUGCUGAACCAGUGCAGGAAUUGAUUGAUGCCUUAUUCAACAAGCUGGAACUAGACAGGAACAACUGUCAGAUUGGGAAAACCAAGGUUUUCAUGAAGGAAACGGAACGUCAGAAGCUGCAGGAUAUUUUACAUAGGGAAGUGAUCCGGAAAAUCUUGCUCCUGCAGACAUGGUUCCGGGCAAUUCUGGAAAGGAGAAGAUUCCUGAAGAUGAGGCAAGCUACAAUCACCAUUCAGGCAUACUGUCGCUCAUACCUUGUGAGGUUGGCCUUACAAAGACGCAGCGCAGCGACUCUGAUCCAGUUGGUGUGGAGGGGAUAUGUGCAAAGACAAGCAUAUAAGAAGCAGAUCCAUGCGAUUGCAUUGUGCCAGGCUGCAAGUCGCAGGUACCUGGCACGUAAAAGAGUCCGUUUGAUACGUGAGGAGCAGCGGAAAGCUCGGGAAGAAGCUGAACACAGAGAGUGUGAGAUGCAGGCCAAGGAGAGGCAGCGAGAUUCCGUCCAAUCCCAGUCUGUAACUGACCAGGACGCUAAGGUGGUCAAAGGGAUCGAGUCCUCCCUAGAAGUGCCACCAUCAAUGGAUAGUGUCAGCUUGGGAGAGUCACAGGCACCCCAGGGAAAUAUCAUCACCUCACCCCAGAAACCCUCACCAGAAGGCACGGAGAGGUCAAGCUCAUAUCGGGAGAAACGAGAGAAUCGGCGGAUGCGUGGUUUAGAGCACGACAAAUUCCAGAGACAACUGGCAUCACCGACCCCUCAGACUGAGCCCUCACUGCCCCCUGCACUUGACUGGCCAGGUAACACACUCGAGAUUGUGGAAAAGAUGGCGCAGAAUGCCAGCACUAAGUCCAAGGGAGAGGUCAAGGGGCAGCAGGACAAUCGAAGACCUUUAGGAAACGAGCAGGCAGAGAAUGCCACGUGCCCAGAGAGGACGAGUGUGGAAUGGGACAAGCAGGUGGACAGGGAUUCGGUCAAUAACAGUGAAAUGGAGAAGGCAGCAGGAGAGCAGAGCAAAAAUAAGCCGACAACACCUCGGCUGAAGAGGCCAAAAAGUCUUCAGUUGAUCACUGGUGAGACUGUGCUGCCAACGAAGGCGCAAGCUGCUGGUGGCGACGUAAACAGUGGUCAAAUACCUGGAGAAGGCCAGGAUAGUGAGGAUGUGGCACAGGGAGCCAUCCACCGGUAUAAUGACCAAGCAAAACUGAGAAGUAAGGCGGAGAAGUGGAAAGAUAAGCGGCAUCAUGAGGUCACUAGCCCGGUGACAGAGAAGAAACAAAAUCAUCCUCCACUGGCUAACACAAAGAACAAGGAGUUCUCUCCUCAGGAGGAACAUUUGCUGCUGAACUCGCCCUAUUCUCCGAAUGGUGGAGCUGAAACCCCAUCGAAAGAGACUCCAACGAAUGGACUGCAAGAUGGUGACAGAACACCAACAAAGCCAACAGUGCAGAAGAAGACAUCGCAGGAACUGGAUCCCACACAGACACUUGAAUCUCCCAAAUCUUUGUACCGUGGUCCAUUACGGAGAUUUCUCGGGAAGAGACAAGCUGAGAAAAAGUCUUCGAAGGAGCUGUCACAGACGCCGGAUGAGAUGUCUCCAAACCUGGCUCACGACCCACUGAAGAGCUUCGGAGACAAAGUGGAGUUGGGGAAAUCUGCCACUUUCCCCAUGGCUCAUUCCGCUCACUACCCAUACCUAGACCCGGCCAAAGAACACACAACAAAAGUGAAACGAAGCCGCAGUAUUAAAAUCAGUAACGCUACCACCGUGUCUGAGCAGUGGGGCGCUCACUUGGGCCGUAAAAUCACCAACGCCAACGAACUGAAAAAUCUGGAUGAGUUUCUCCUGAACAAGGUGAAUGACCUCAGUUCCCAAACUUUCCAGGAAUCAAAAAUAGAGACUUUAUUCAUCAGGGUGACUGAGAAAUUCCGACUGACCCUCAAAAGCAUGUACCCUGUCCACAAUGGACAAACGCAUGUGAGCUACAAGGACCUAAUGCGGAAUUAUCAGCUUCUCCUGACCAGAUUAGUUGGUGAGAGGCAGAAGACUGAGGUCCAGUUCGUUCUCAACCUCUUCCAGUCCUUGCUGGAUGAGUUUGCCCGAGGUUAUUCCAAGAAGGAGGAGAUGGAGACGCUUAAGCCAACAAAAGCCCGGAAGAAGAGGAGGAAACGGAACCAAAUUAAGGAAGAGCACUUUGGCCAUAUGUUCCGUAGCUACCAGGUGAACAUCCGUCAGUCUUGUGAGCAGUGUUCCUCCUACAUCUGGCCCAUGGAGAAGGUCUUGCUCUGUUGCACCUGCAAAAUGACAUGUCACAAGAAGUGCCUAAUGAAGAUCCAGUAUCCCUGCCAAUCAAGCUGCAACAAAAAGAGUGACUCCGAGGGAACGUCACGGCAUUUCGGGGUACGGGUCUGUGCGCUGACGGACGAGAACCAGACGGUGCCCAUGGUGAUGGAGGUGCUGGUGGAAUACGUGGAAAUGAACGGACUAUACACGGAGGGAAUUUACCGGAAAUCUGGUGCAGCAAACAAGAUGAAGGAGUUACGGCAGAGGUUGGAAGAGGACCCUGUGUCGGUGGGUUUGGAGAAGUACCACAUUCAUGCUAUCACCGGGGUGCUUAAGCAGUGGCUCCGUGAACUUCCAAUCCCGCUAAUGACCUUUGCUCUGUACAGCGACUUCCUGCGUGCUAUUGAACAUCCGGGGAGACAGGAGCAGAUUCAAGCGGUUUACAGUGUCCUGGAUCAGCUGCCGGGCCACAUUUACUGCACGCUAGAACGUCUCAUCUUCCACCUGGUCAAAGUGGCUGUAUUAGAAGAGAUGAAUCGCAUGUCUCCCAAUGCUCUGGCAAUUGUCUUUGCACCAUGUAUUCUCCGUUCACCAGACAGCUCGGAUCCACUGACGAGUAUGAAAGACGUCUCCAAAACAACCAUGUGUGUUGAGCUCCUGAUUACUGAACAGAUGCGGAAAUACAAAAUCAAAAUGGAUGGAAUUGCUCAACUGGAGACAGAAGAGCAACUCGCUGUCCGGCGCCUCUCGCUCCUCCGUCUUUGGCCUCUUGAAGUUGGGUUCUCUGCUCCAUACGAUGGGGUGCUGAGUAAAAGCCCUCGGAGUCCAAAACCCGUUGAGGAGAAUCCCCCAAAGUUGGGAAGCCUGGAUGAGGAGGAGCCUUCAGAUACUGACAUGGAACACGAAGAGGAAAUCCUGAUCGAGCGAAUCCAGUCGAUAAAGGAGGAGAGGGAUCAGCUGACGCUUGAACUCCCGGAGUUGGAACAGAGGGGUUCUGAUGAGGAAAACAUGGACUCUGAGGCCUCCCUCAGUAUGGAGAGUCUCCUCGACGAUCGACCAGGGCAAGGGGAGGCCGGAGAUCCGGCUGUGUUCCAGUUCACAGGAAGACUCCGAUCUCUGCCUCAGUCCGUGUCCACGCACCAGCCUCCGUCUGCCAUUGCUGAGCGCGGGAUUCCCCCGAAUCAACCUGCGUCUCUGCCAGCUCGCCCUCCUGUUGUACAACGGCGCGCAUUUUCCAUGCUUGCGAGCAUCAAGCUGCCUCGGCGCAAUGCUGCAUUGCCCACACGAAACAUCAAACUGCCCCCUGGCAUGGUCAGCACUUUGGGCUGUAUCCCUGCGGAUCUUGGCACUUCAGACGGGCAGCACCAGUCGCAGGUGAUCUUGGUCCGGCGGCGUGAGCUAUCCUCACGGCGAUCUGACAACAUCCGUUCCAUGUACGUUGUAGGACGUGAACUCCAGGCCUCUGCUCAGGCUGAAGAUGCCAAACCCACUCCAGCAAAGGUCCAGCGCAGGUUUUCUGACCCGCUGUCAGACCUUCCUUAUGGUGCUGAUGCCUCCGACCUGUAACAUUCCCACUGAAUCUGGGAGUAGGCACUGGACCUUGCCAGGUUAUAGGCACACCUCCCUCUUGUCAUACCCCUCCUGACCUGCUGCCCAGUGUCUGGGUCAAGAAUCGAGUGAGCGAUUGCCCAGACCACAAUUGAGUGUUUGAGUGAGAAUGAAUGAUUGCCGAGCUGUGUGUGUAGAUGAAUGACCAUAUGAGAGAGAGUGACCGCCUGGGAUGAGAGAUACCUUCUCUGCCACUUCACUCUGAAUGUUCUGUGUAAUGUAUUUUACAGUUAAGCCCUCAGCUCAAUGAGGGAGUAUCAGCUCAGUUAAGACUGUGGGGACUGUGUGUUGAGAAGGUUGAUCUCCUGUCUCUCUCCUUGCUAAUGUGUAACCAUAUCUCUAAUGAUGAGAUACAUUUUUAUAUAUAAAUAAAUGCAAAUGUUUGUGUUGGU